GAUAAAAAAUGUUUUCGUUUGCUGUCACUUCCUGACACAAGAAGAAGAUGCAGGAUGAUGGCUCCCGACACCAGUGACGACGUGCCUUCAUGUGCUUGUAAAGGUGUUCGCCGGUGUCUCGUCUGCGAAGGGUUGAAAGAGAAAGUACAACCGGAGGCGAGUGAAUCAAAGAUUGUCCAUCAUUUCCUCUACGAUCCUCAGUCGAGGCUCGCUGUUGGAAAAGAUGCCCAGGCUGCAUCCUUCCCCUUUUCUGGGGUCUUCCUGUGCGAGAACUUCAUAUCAGAAGAGGAAGAGAAGGAGCUCAUAUGUGCGAUGGACCAGGAUGUGUGGAAGGAGUCGCAGUCCGGUCGAAGAAAACAGGACUUUGGCCCGAAGGUGAACUUCAAGAAAAGGAAAGUGCGUGUGGGUGGCUUCAGUGGACUCCCUGCUUUGAGCCAUAAACUUGUGCUUCGGAUGUAUCAGGAAUCAACUCUAGCUGGCUUCCAGCCAGUGGAGCAGUGCAACUUGGAUUAUCAUCCUGAGCGAGGUGCAGCCAUUGAUCCACACUUAGACGAUUCUUGGCUAUGGGGGGAGCGCUUAGUCACCAUUAGCAUGUUGUCAGACACUACACUCACCAUGUCUCUGGAGCAGGGCCUGCCAGAGCUGGGACUAACAGGGGAGGUCCAUGUAGCUGUGCACCUUCCUCGCAGAUGUUUAGUAGUUUUAUACGGCGAGGCACGGCAUAUAUGGAAACAUGCCAUUCACAGGAAGGACAUUCAUGUACGUAGAGUCUGCAGCACCUACAGAGAGCUAUCUGCAGAGUUCCUGCCUGGAGGGCAGCAGGCAGACCUCGGAGCCCAGCUGUUGAAUAUCGCCUUGAACUUCCAAGGCUCUCCGGUUUAAUCUAAUUUGAUGGAUCCAGAGGGAGCUGCAAUCUAAAUCACUUGGACUUGUCUUAAACUGUGAAGAUGUGUCCUUUAGGCACCCUAGGGCUUGUUUGCUGGAUCUGUGCCAGCUCCCCAAACAGUGAGCAGUGCUCACGAGGCUUGUGUGCAUUAAUUAGUUGAACAUCUGCUGUGCUGCGAAGCCAAGCUGAAGUCAAAUUGCUUUGGAGAAAAUGUUGGGGAGAAAUUGUGUUAAAAUAGCUGCAAUGUCAUUAUAUUAUUCCACCACAAACUUCAGUUUUCUUUUUGUUUUAUGACAAAUGGAGAGAAUAAAGCAUUUUUUCCAAAAUAUACAUACACACUUAUUUAGUGUUUGGAUGAUGGAGAGCACAGCCUUACACAUCUCUUUAACGGUUCAAAUCUGGUGAAUGGUAUGGCCAGAGUAGAUACCUUAAUAAUAAUAAUUUAGUAAGCUUGAUUAUUUUUAUUGUGUCAAAAUCAUUUUAAAUAUGGCCUUUAAAGUGAAUUGUUGCAUUGAAUUGCAUUUCUGUCUCUGUCAUUCUUGGAAAUAGACAGUCUCAAAUUACAGAUGUUUAAAAAUGGAAGCUUUUAUUGACACAUAUAAAUGUGUGUGUGUGUGUGUGUGUGUGUGUGUGUGUGUGUGUGUGUGUGUGUGUGUGUGUGUGUGUGGAGAGAGACUUACACAAACCUAAUCUUUGACUUUGUGAUGAUAAGAACAAAUCUUUGAUGAUAAAUUGAAUAGAGAAUUAUAUACUUGUUGGGAUUGAAGCUUUUUUUCUGCUUCAGAACUGCAGUUAUAAUUGUUAAGAUAAACAUUUAACAGUAAAGUAUGACUUAAAACAAAAACAAAUCUGAUUGCAAAUGUGAAUCAAAAAAUCUGUCACCUGAAACAAUCAUGUGCAGCAGCUGCCCUUUAAUAUCUGACUUUGUUGAAUCAGCAGUGGCUGCGAGUCAUUGUUCUGAAACCCAGUUUGUCCAGUUCCCGAUGAGUUCUCAGACACAGAGUGAGAACUACAAACAGGAUGUGGCCCGCACACUCAAAACUAACUGCCUUUACAAAGUUUUUGUGUUCAAGUCAUUCUUCUUGAAGUCAUUGUCUAUUUAAAAGAAACAGGAAAUGUGCAAUGGUAUCAAAGCUUUUAUUUUUCAGUUCUCUAAAUGUGCUUUUGAGGUUGCUGCCAUUAUCCACACAUUUAGCUUCACUGGUCACAGAUGUCUGUGUUCACAACGGAGUCACGUCUCCAGUUCAUCCAGCUGGCAACAUAUGAAUUUGAUUAAGGACUACAAACAUGAAGACAAAACCUUUAUUGUUACUGUGUUCAGGAUGUAGAGGGAUUGGGAGUGCCGCUCCUGCUUAGUGAUUUACUUUGUGAUAUUUAAAGGAAAAAAUAAAUUAUAUUGUAAAAGAGAUAACUUUUCAAUAAAAAG